GAGUGCCGGCGCGUGUAUAAGCGCCGUGUCUAACAAAGGGUUCAUCGAUCGCCAGUAAAUCAGUCGUUCCGGAAAUUUGUUCAUGUGAGGUUCUAGUGCAGCGUGUGUUACUGAUUUCGCUGACGAAAACUUAUUUCUCAAUUGAAAUAAUAUCCUUAUAGAUAAACUUCAGAUUACAUAUGUUUGCGUACAUUAAACUUCUCCCACCCGACAAUAAUUUUGAUAUUGUUGCGACUUCGCAGAUUCAGAAAUUUCGAUUACCAAUAAAUACGAAGAAACAUUACAAGGUGGCUUACGAGCAUAACUUUAAGAAAGCUCUUAUUAUAUUUGUUGAAGAAACUGAAGCAGCUCUUCACGAAAAAAUAAAUACAGAAAGAACAAAAGUCCCUCCUGCAUAUCUACAGAUAUCGUGUACAGAAGAAAGUGACUUUAAAACUGUUAUACCAAAAGAAAAAAAUAAUCAAAAAACUAUUGAGCUAACAUCUAUCCUGAAUAAAAAACUCGCUUUGAAAAAACAAGAACUAUUGCAUCAUCGUUCAGAAAGUGAUGAUGAUCAUGAUUAUCACCAACCACUGUGCAACUGUACGACAAUUACGCGGGGAGAAGCCUUAAUGAUGACUCUUCUAUUAGGAGCUGAGGAAUCCCUCACUUGGAAGACUAUUACUGCAAUCCUCUCAAUGAUAAAUACUUUGUUUAAAAAUGAAGUAGUUCCUGCUUCAAAGCAUAAAUUAUUUAAAAUAUUAGAAUUAAAUGAAGAAAUUCUGUCAUACCAUUUAUUUUGCGAAGAUUGUUUAUAUUAUUUUGGAGCUCAAGAAAAGUUGAAUAAAGAAGAACUAGUUUGUGAAACUUGUAGAAAUAAUGAGAAAUCGCCAGGAAUUUCAUAUUUUCUAACUUUUGAUGUCUCUCAACAGCUAAAAAAAAUUUUAGAAAACCCAGAAGUGCAAGAAGUAUUAUUGGAAAGAUUCCAAGGUGUUCAACAGAAUUUGUACAACAAUGACAUACGAAAUAUGAGUGAUGGACAAAUAUAUAAAAAAUUAUCUACGAUAAAUCAUCCUUUAGCAGAUAAAUAUAAUUUCACAUACACAUUCAAUACUGAUGGUUGUCAGCCUUCGAAAUCUAGUAAACUUUCUAUCUGGCCAAUAUAUGUUAAAAUAAAUGAAUUACCACCAAAACUUCAAUCUAAACAUAUUAUUAUGACUGGUUUAUGGGUUCAUAAAAAAGAGCCAGGUAUGCUUCUUUUUCUACAACCAUUUGUUCACCAAGCUAAUAAACUGUCGGAUGAAGGUAUACAAUGGAAAUUAGGAGAUCAAUUAAUAACAAGUAAGUUUAUUCCUUUGUGUGCUGUAGUUGACUCAGUAGCGAGGUGCAAAGUUUUGAAUAUGAAACAAUAUAACGGUACCCAUGGAUGUACAUUCUGCGAACAUCCGACAGAACGCGUUGAUAACAACCGAAAAUAUCCUAUAUCAAUAGUUGCUCCACCAGAUAGGACAGAUGAGUCAAUAAAAAGAUGCAUGAUACUUGCUGCUCAAAACGAAUAUGGUCGAGACGUUAUGGGUGUUAGGGGGCCAUCUCCAUUAAUGAAUUUAAAAUAUUUUAACAUUGCAGACGGAAUGUCCCCAGACUAUAUGCAUGCCAUUCUAUUAGGAGUAAUAAAGCAGCACACCGAGAUACUGCUGUCAUCAUUCGGUAAAGAUUACUAUAUUGGUAAUCCUAAUCAGCUCGAAGUAAUAAGUACUAAACUUCAAGAUUUUAAACAUCCUACAUGUAUAACGCGCUCACCAAGAUCUAUUACCGAAAGAGACAUGUGGAAGGCGAGUGAAUGGCGAUCAUGGCUACUGUUUUAUUGUUUACUAUGUCUCAAAGGGAUUCUUCCUCAAAAAUAUUUAGAGCAUUUAGCUCUGCUAGUAGAGGCAGUAUGUAUUCUAUUAUUAGAAAUAAUUGAAUAUAAUGAUCUUGAAAUUGCUGGUUCAUUGAUUGUAAGAUAUGUAGCAUUAUAUCAAGAAUACUUCGGAAAACAAGUGAUGACUUACAAUAUCCAUUUAUUGCUACAUAUGAAAAGAUGUGUAUUGAAUUUAGGUCCUUUGCAGUUCCACAAUACGUUCAUUUUUGAAAAUGAAAAUCACUUUGUUCUGAAGAUGCAAAAAAGUCCAAAUCAUAUCGCUGUACAAAUCGCAAGACGAUACUUAUUCCAAAAAUCAUUACCGUUAUUAAAAAAAAAAAUAGAAGUCAGCGAUGACUUUCUAAAAUUUUGUGAAAAACAUUUAACCGGACGUUUGAAGAAUUCUUUGAAAGUGAACAACUGCAUAUUAAUUGGAAAAGAAAAAGAUUAUGAACUAAAUCCAGAAGAGAAAAAACUUUUGAAUAAAUCCGCUAAAUGUAAGUCGUUUAAUAGAUUUAUUUUAAACGGUAAGCGAUAUACAUCAGACAGUUAUCGUUUUUGUGAAAAAAUAAAUGACUCUUCAGUAUUAUUUAAAAAUGGCAAGAUAGGCAUAAUCAAAAAUAUUUGUUAUUUUGGUACUGAUGAAACUAAAAAGAAAAUUUUCAUCUUUUUUGAAGAGGUAAUAAAACAAAAAAAAUAUUUUUUUUCGUCCAAGAAUGUUACUGUUCACAAUGUUGAAGAAUGUUUAAUAACUAAAAAAUUCCAAUAUUGCGAAGCAAGCAUGAUAUUACAACCACGUAUUUUGACGUCCAUAGAAACAAAAAGUUAUGUUAUUUUCAUACCACCCGGAUGUUAUGGCGAUUGAUAAAAAUAGUAUUGUUCUCCAAAUUAAUAAAAAGAAAUUAUUUUUAUGAAUACCGCUUCAUUAAACAUUUCUAACAAUGAAAAACAUUAUUUUUCUCCUCAUCUUGUUAUAUUUACAUUUAGAUAAUUAUUAUCGUUGUUCGCGUUUUUUGCUUACAUAUUAUUUAAAAUCUUGCCAGUUAAAAAUUUUGAAAUUGGUAGUACAAUAUUAAUAUUAUAAGAGUAAAAUAAUAAUGCAGUGAUAUAAAUUUUGAUGUACUUUUAUAAUACAGUUUAUGCAAAUAAUAUGGUUCUGUUAUUGUACAAU